GUGCUGAAUCAACUAGGCUCCAUCCACCUUUUUCACCAACCCGCAUCACAACCAUCCAACGGCGCAAAAACCUUAGAAGGUGAUUGCACCAUUGCACUCUACCGCACCAGAAAACUUUCCAUCUCCCUUAUCCUGUGCUCGCUACGGCCGCCACUGUAACCACAAUGACGGAAGAGCCUGAAACCAAUCCACCGCCGCCGGAACCUCCAAUCCCAUCCGCACCGGCCGCCGUGGAAGAAACGGCAGCUCCGGUUACGGCAACAACGUCGCAACCAAGCGCUGAAAUCGUCGUCCCUCUUGCGUUAGCUCCGAAGCGGCAGCGCCGUCCAAGCGUUCGUCUAGGGGAGAUCGGCGACCAACGUGCCUCCGCACACGGCCACGAAUUGCACAUGCGACGCCCGAGCAUGCCGCCAUGGAGCUGGCGUACUCCGAAGGAAUCUUCAAGAACCUCAAAAGCGCGCUCCGUGACGAACCUCGCGAACGGCGGCGAAGAGUUCGGAAACAGCAACAGCCGAAGAGGGAAAGCAAAACGAGGACCAGCGACAAAGAGAUUGAGAACAAAUUGGGCUCCGACAGCAACAAUCGACGAAAACGGUGACGAAGAAGGUUUCAGGGAUUUUGAACACGAACACGAACAGAGUCCGGUGCACUCGGUGGAGGACAACGGAGUGGAUUAUUGGCACGUGGAUCGGAACGAGGAUCCUAGGGUUAGGGUUUCGGAAAACGACGGCGUUGAAUCGGAGUCGCGGGAACGGAGGAAGAGCGAUGGAGUGAGGUCUUGGCUUUACGAGUUAGGGUUGAGUCGGUAUGCGCCUAUGUUUGAGAUCCAUGAGGUCGAUGAUGAGUUGCUUCCGAUGUUGACUUUGGAGGAUCUCAAGGAUAUGGGGAUCAAUGCUGUUGGUUCAAGAAGGAAAAUGUACACUGCAAUCCAGAAGCUGAGGAAAUGCUUGCUGUGACCACAUGAUCAAAUCAAGAUGAAUGUAUGUAUAUGUAUAUGUAUGUGUAGUUUUUCUUUGUUCUGGCUUUCAAAUGUGGAUAGAAAAACGCAUGUAUGUAAUGUAUGCAUGUACAAGAGUUUUUGGUUAUCUUUGCUUUCUGGUUGAAAUUUCUUGAUGGCAUGUUUUCUGUGUGAUUUUGUCGCCUAAUCGAAAUAGCUGCUUACCUGAUCUGAAGGUUUCUUGAACAUGGGAGAAUAAUGAAUCUGAUGCUGAAUAUGUUUUCAAAUAAUGUGCAAUUUAAUGCUCAUUUAGCUUCUGGUUAAGCUGAGGAUUGAUGAGGUUUUGUAAAAUAGAAAUGAGAAAUAUGUAGUGUAAUUAAGUUGUCCUAUAGUUUAUAACUUGUGUAUUCUGUGUCCCUUCGAGCGCUGUUAUAUUGAAAAAUGUUUGUUCA